GGAAGCCUUUCUGACUUUCGAUAACAUCUGUUGCAAUGGCUUUUGGAAACCCUCCAAAGUUCUUUCAAGCCACUGACUACAUUUCCGACUAUGAAUCCGAAACGAGUAGCCAGCUCGAUGAGCGGAGUGAGAUUGGAUCUUCCGAGCUGCAUCCUUUAAAGGACCCAGAGUUAAUAGCCAAACCAAAGAAACCGCGUUUCCCCGCUUAUGGCGAUGUCAAAUCUGUGCUUGAUGAAGAACAGAGAAGAACUCACAACGCCGCUGUGCGUUCUCACCUACUCAGUUUGGAUGCUUACGACAGACAUCGCAAGCUAGUUAAUGAUUAUUUGCAAUACUACGGCGGCUCUUGGGCCGAUUUCAAGCGAGACGAAUCCACUGAUCGGCGAGAUAUUGACGUCAUCCGUGAACACGGUCGUUUCCUAUGGUCGGAAAAAGAUGAGCCCACAGAUUGGUCUGAGCGCCUCGCUAAGCGAUAUUGGGACAAAUUAUACAAAGAAUACUGCCUAGUUGACCUCACACGGUUUAAGGAAAACAAGUUCGGUAUGCGCUGGCGUCUAGAACGGGAAGUCAUCGCUGGUAAAGGUCAGUUUACUUGUGGCAACGUCAAAUGUUCCGCCGGCUCGGACAGUCGAUUACGCAGUUGGGAAGUGAACUUCGCCUACAAAGAGCGUGGGGAGCGUCGGAAUGCUUUGGUCAAACUGCGGCUGUGUCCGGAAUGCUCUGAUAAACUAAACUACCGACACAGACGGCGUGAGGUAACGGGACAACGAGUGACGGAUUUCAGCGCAUCCGACGCCACAGCAAACACAGAAGCAACCCAGGAGUCGGCUGAGGAUUCCACUGAGCCGGCGAGCAAAAUUGCCAAAUCCCUCUCCUUAGAAGCGAACCUUGAUCAAGAAAACAUCUGGCGGGUUACGAAGUCCGCGGACAGUGGUGGGCAAAAGACUCAGGAUGAGGAGUUUGACGAUUACUUUGCCGAUAUGCUUCUUUGACGCAGCUACCGAUUAGGCACUACUUCACACAACCUAUACCAGCACACACUCCCAAAUAUAUUCAUAGCAUCAAACUGAGAUCACUUAUUUGGAAUUGGCGGCUAUGAAACCUCGGAGGUGUGGUUUCUUCACAGCCUGUGAGUAAGGAUGAGUCAUAUAUUGGUGCAAUUUGAUUCCCGUCGUAUUUGCUACUUAUGACCCUGUUCACGCCGCGAACUAUUUCACCAUCGAACAGCGUCCGCGUCAUGAAACCU